AUGAAGGCCUUUAGCGUGUUUGCAUCGCUGCUCUGUGCUUCGACUGCCCUUGCAGGAAACUCGCGCUUCAGGCGCUAUGAUUUCGACAGGGUCACGCCCGUCGUCGAGAAGCGUGCCGCGAACAAGCCCUUUGAACACCCGGAAAUCCAGAAGAGAGCAUUGAGCUUUUUGACCAACAAAACUGAAGCUUUCUCUGUCAAUGGUACUGGCAUCCCAGAAGUCUCCUUCGACGUUGGCGAGUCUUACGCUGGUUUACUGCCUAUUUCCGACGAUCCAGCGGAAACUCGCAAGCUUUUCUUUUGGUUCUUCCCCGCUGCUUUGUCCGAUACGCCCCAAGAGAUCGUGAUAUGGCUCAAUGGCGGUCCAGGUUGCAGCUCUUUGAGUGGGUUCUUGACGGAGAACGGCCCAAUUUCAUGGAAGGACGGCACGCUCCGCCCUACGCAGAACACUUACAGCUGGAACAAUUUGACAAACGUACUUUGGGUUGAGCAACCUGUGGGCGUUGGCUACUCUGAGGGAACCCCGAGCAUCACCGACGAAGUAGGGCUUGCUAACCAGUUCCGCGGAUUCUAUAAGAACUUUGUGGACACCUUUGCCACUCACAACUGGAAGACGUACAUUACGGGCGAGUCAUAUGCUGGCUACUAUGUUCCCUACAUCGCCGACAGCUUCAUCUCGGCGAAUGACAAAAAGUACUUCAACUUGGGGGGUAUCUCAAUCAAUAACCCUACUGUUGGCGAUGAGACCGUUGAACAGGCGGUUGUGCUCUAUCCAUACGUUGAGUUCUGGCAGAAGAUUUUGUACCUCAACCCCACCGUCAUGGCAGACGCGGCUCAGCAGCAGAAAGAGUGUGGAUACGCAGAAUACUGGGACACGUACUUCAAGUUCCCUCCACCAAAGGGUCCAUUCCCCGUUCUGGAGAGCCCAUUCAAAACGGAAAAUUCCACUUGCGACAUGUACUCCACAUUCGUGAACGCCCUUCAGGAAGUCAACCCUUGCUUCAACAUCUACCACAUCACCGACACCUGCCCUAAGCCCAGCUCCGUGCUCGGCCAAGCCAAUGAGGGAGACUACGACCCGCCCGGUGCCGUAAACUACUUCAACCGAACAGAUGUCAAGCGCGCCCUCCACGCCGACGUCAACUCAAACUGGCAACUCUGCGCAACAAUCAACGUCUUCGGCAACGGCAACGCCACCAGCAAUGCAGUAGACGCCUCGCCUCCCCCCGCCAACAGCGGCGUCCUCCAGCGCGUCAUCGAGUACACAAACAACACCAUCAUCGGCUCCGGCGAACUUGACUUCCUCCUCUCCGUAAACGGAACCCUCUUCGCCCUCCAAAACAUGACGUGGAACGGCGCCCAGGGGUUCUCCAAAUAUCCAAGCACCGAGCUGUACGCGCCCUACCACUCAGACUACAACAGGGGCUCCCCUGCUGGCCAUGGCACCCAGGGCGUGUGGACAAAAGAACGCGGUCUCACGUUUUAUACUGCCCGGCUUGCGGGCCAUAUGUUGCCUGGUGAAACUCCAGGUGUCUCCUUCCGUAUGUUGGAGAUUCUUCUGGGCCGUAUUAAGGAUUUCAGUAGCACCGAGCCGUUUGUUACUGGGAUUCAAAAUCAUACUGCUAGCUCGACUCAACCUGGCGCGCGUUUGAGAAGCAGACCUCUUGGGGAUCGCAUGGGUGGCUUGUAA